AAUUAAGAGUGGCAAAUUAUUACUAUAAGACAGAGUUUGAACGAAGAUUGAAUUAGAAAACAAAUGGGUUCUCUUUCCAGACCGUUUCAUUCAGUAGGGUUGGGCGAUGAAGAAAUUUUCUGCCUUUCUUUUUCUCCGUAUGAGUGGUCCAAGAAUUUCCUAGCUAUUGGCACUGGAAAUAAAGUGGUUAUUGCCAAUGUUCAGUAUGAAAACGAUGAGAUUCAGUUCAAUGUUAUCCGUGAAUUCCACCAUCUCUGUCCGGUUGUUACCUUAAGUUGGAGCUCACUUUCGUCAAGUGAUACAGUACCGAAAGUCUGCAAGUUUGCUACAGCUGGUAUUGAUGGAAAAAUCCGGAUAUACAGCAGCGAUCUUGCUCAGUCUGAAAACAUUUUAGAGCUAACUGGGCAUACUGAUAAUGUCAACUCAAUAGCUUUUCAACCAGAUAUAGAUGACAAGUUCUUAAUUUCUACUUCUGAUGAUUUCACCUGUAAGAUUUGGUCUGUCGAGAAUGGAGACCUUUUGAAAACUAUCCCACUUCAGUCAUCAGGAAUGGCUGUGAGGUUCAAUCCUUCAGAACCUAGCAAGUUUUUCGUAAUUGAAAAAUCAGGAAUGACUACACUCUUUAGUACAGUGAAUUUUUCACCAGUCACCUCUUUAAGCAACAAUUUCACUUGCCACGAUCCAGCUCUAGAUGCUGAUUGGUCCCCCUGCAAUCCAACUUAUAUAGCAACUGCAUUAGGAGGUCGAAUUCAGCAUUGGAAUUUGAACUCCUUGAGUAUUCCAGAGAACACCACUACAGUGUCCUGUGAAAUGAUUCGUAAAGUACGAUUUCAUCCAACGUUUGAAAAUUUAAUGGCGGUUCUGAGUUCGCCAGGCCCUAUUAUUACUGUACUCCGUUCCAUGGGGCCAGUAAUGGUAACAGAUUCCUUGAUGGCUGCCAAUGAUCUUAGUUGGCAUUUUUCUCUACCCUUGCUUGCUGUGGCAAAUGAUAGAUCUGUGCGGUUUUGGAAAUUGCUACUGAAGUGAUGUUUUGUAAAUAAAUUCUACUGAUGAAAUAAAAUUGAAUGGUGUAUCAAACAAA